CCUCCAUGGUGCCUGUGGAUUACUGUAGAGCUUAACGACUAUUGAACCAUAACGAGCUGGUUAUCAUUUAAAUAAACUAUAUAAAACAUGUUCCAGCUACUGUGCUGUAGGGCGAGCAUCACUGCUCCGGUGCGGUCAUUGUUGUUACACCAGCGAGGCAAUAAGACAGCAGACGUUUGGAAACUUUCACGGUGGUACACAUCUCCACGAGCUCCAGCACACAGCUCCUCACAGCAGCCUGGAAAUGCUGUCGGCCGCAUUUGGAGCCUCACUCAGAGAGCUGUCCGCCGGUCCACCACCCGAACAUCCAGACCCCCAGGAGUGGCUCUGAAGUUCAUCCUGGCACCAGCAGUGUUCACUGUCUCUGCACGACUGUUCUGCCAUGUAGCUCACUGCGAGGCAGAUGUGAAUAACAACAUCCUGGUGGCAGUUACAGCCAAAAACCCCAUGCCUGAGUUCAAAUGGCAUAUCUUGUGGGAAUUUGUCAAACCUCAGCUGUUUGCUCUCCUCGGUGCUGUCGUGCUUGCUUUUGGUGCGGCUCUCUUGAAUAUUCAAAUCCCCUUGAUGCUUGGGAAUCUGGUGAAUGUCGUGGCACGUUACCUGAGAGACCAGACUGGGAGUUACGUCCAUGAGAUAAGAGGCCCUGCGCUGAAAUUACUUGGACUGUAUGGUAUCCAAGGCCUGCUGACGAGUGGCUACAUCAUCCUGCUGUCAAGGGUGGGGGAGAGAGUGGCAGCCGACAUGAGGAAGACUCUUUUCGCAUCCUUACUGAGGCAAGAUGUGGCUUUCUUUGAUGCCAAUAAAACUGGGCAGCUGGUGAAUCGUUUGACUGCUGACAUUCAGGAGUUCAAGUCAUCCUUUAAACUGGUGAUCUCUCAGGGUCUGCGGAGUAUUACACAGACAUUUGGAUGUUUGGUCUCUCUCUAUAUCAUCUCCCCUAAACUUACAGGUUUGACGGUAGUCGUCCUCCCUUGUCUGGUGGGCGGAGGAGCUCUCAUUGGCUCAUUCCUCCGCAAACUAUCCCGUUUGGCUCAAGAACAGGUGUCAAAAGCAACAGGAGUGGCAGACGAGGCCCUCGGCAAUGUGCGGACAGUGAAAGCGUUUGCGAUGGAGGAGCGGGAGCUCCAGUUAUAUUCAUAUGAAGUUGACAAAUCAUGUGAACUGAAUGAAAAUCUUGGUUCUGGAAUUGCAGUUUUCCAAGGACUGUCAAACGUUGCCCUAAACUGCAUUGUCCUCGGAACUAUUUUUGCCGGGGGGACUUUAAUUUCUACCAAUGAAAUGUCGCCUGGAGACCUCAUGUCUUUCCUGGUUGCCUCCCAGACUGUUCAAAGGUCAUUGGCCAGCAUCUCUAUCCUUUUUGGACAGAUGGUGAGAGGAUUAAGCUCCGGGGCCCGGGUCUUUGAAUAUCUAUCUUUGGUGCCUACUAUUCCUCUGUCUGGCGGAAGACGCAUCCCGUACGAUUCUCUGACAGGAAGGGUGGAUUUUAUGGACAUUUCAUUCAGCUAUCCAACAAGACCUGGCCAACAGAUCCUGAAGAAGUUCAACUUAACGCUGCCAACUUGUAAAACUGUUGCCAUUGUUGGAGAAUCUGGAGGAGGAAAGUCCACUGUGGCAUCCCUGCUGGAGCGAUUCUAUGACCCGACCAGCGGCGUCGUCAUGCUGGACGGACUCGACAUUCGAACACUUGAUCUGUCCUGGCUCAGGGGACAAGUCAUUGGAUUUAUCAACCAGGAGCCGGUUUUGUUUGGCUCAUCUAUCGUGGACAACAUCCGCUUUGGGAAACCCGAGGCCACAGACGCUGAGGUCAUUAGCGCAGCCAAGCAAGCCAACGCGCACGGCUUCAUCACAGGUUUCCCAGAUGGCUAUAACACUGUGGUUGGUGAGCGAGGUGCGACGUUAUCAGGUGGUCAGAAGCAGCGCAUCGCUAUCGCCCGCGCCUUGAUCAAGAACCCCUGCAUCCUGGUGCUGGAUGAAGCCACCAGCGCCCUGGACGGAGAAUCAGAGCGGGUGGUGCAGGAGGCUCUGGACAGGGCAACAAGAGGUCGCACUGUGCUUAUCAUCGCCCACCGGCUGAGCACCAUUCAGGGGGCUGACCUCAUCUGUGUCAUGAGCAAUGGCCGCAUUGUGGAGGCUGGGACUCACUUGGAACUGCUGAGCAAAGGAGGAAUGUACUCUGAUCUGAUUCGCAGGCAAAGAACCGAGGGGCAGAAAUGAACACACCAAAAUUGUUUACUGUCGAUCUACUCUGAGUAAUGGAAUUUCAUUUGAAAUGAAAUUCAUAGCAAAGGCUUGCCUAACGAGAUAGAUUAUGUAAAACAUGUAAUUUAAAUCUACCAGCUCUCUGUCUAGUUUUACAAGAAACUCUUGAAUUUAAGUAUGUAAAAGUGGACCAACUGGAUCAUACUGUGAUGAUUUACAAACUACGCUACUGUACAGUACCUACACUUGAAUGAAUUUCCAUAACACUGUUUUCUCUUGUCAUGUAUAGAAGGAACAAUUAUAUUGUGGUAGAAAAAAUAAAUAAACUCUGUUUUCAUGAGGGUACACUAUAUUUGUCCUUUUUUUAUGGAUCAUAAUACAGAAAAUGUCUGUUUUGAAACUAAACACUGAACAUAAAUAAUGAGCAGUACAUGCUUUGUGGAUAGUGUAAUUUCUUGUUGUGACGAAUGAAAUCUGUUAUGGCAACUGCUGCAAAAAAACAAAAAAAUGUACAGCCACCAUUCAACAAUGUUUGAUGCCCAGAAUAAUUUGAGUGUAGUUU